CCCUGGGCUCUGCUCUGCCCCCCGCGCCCCCCCGGGGGUCCGGCUGCCCCAGGGCUGUCCCCGUACCCGGGCUUCCCACUCCAGCAUUAUUGUCUCCAGCUGGGAGGAGACUGCCCGUUCCCUGGGAGGAAGCCUUCACCGGGACGCACUGGCAAGGACGAGCGGGGAUGAUUUAUCUCCGGCCGCCGCCGCCCUCCCGCACCCGGCCGGGGCCGGGGGGGAGCGGCAAAAAAAGCCCAAGGAAGGAAAAAGAACCGGGGGGGGGGACGGGGGACGGGGACACACGGGGAGAGGAGCCGGGGGGCAGCCGGGGUCCUGCAUCCCGGACGGGCCCUUAAGGUGGAACCGGGGCAGGAUCCGGACGCUGCCCGCCCCCCCCCCGGCCCCGCUCCCGCCCGGCGGAGCCGCCCCGGGGCCGGGCCACCUUAAACCCGACAUCCGCCGGGCGCCGCGCCGAGCCGCCGGCGUGCGGGGUGUGCGGGGCAUCGCCCGCCCGCCCCCGGCGCCCCGCCUGCACCCCGAGAUCAGUGCUUGCACCCCAGCAUCCCCCGCCUGCACCCCACAGUCUCCUACUGGCACGCUGAGGUCUUUCUUGGCACCCCAGCCUCCCCUGCUUGCACCCCAAGAUCCCUGUUUGCUCGCUGAUGUCCCCUGCUUAUGCCCGACAGCUCUCUGUCUGCACCCUGAGGUCCCUGCUUGCACCCCACAGUCUCCUGCUUGCACCCCGAGAUCCUUCCUUGCACCCCAACGUCCCCUGCUUGCACCCCAAGAUCCCUGCUUGCUCCCCGCGGUGUCCCACUUACCCCCCGAGAUCCUUCCUUGCACCCCGAGCUCCCCGCUUGCACCCUGAGGUCCCUGCUUGUGCCAACAGUUCCCUGUCUUCACUCUGAGGUUCCCCCUCUUGCACCCCGAGAUCCCGCUUGCACCCCACAGUCCCCCACAACCACCCGGAGGUCCCCGCCUGCUGCCGGGCCCCACAGCCCCGCGGCAGCCGCCCUCCCUCUGCCCGGCCAAGGCAGGCUGCGCCGGGGCUUGGCGGCCACCGGCACCGCCAUGGAGUUCUCCGAGCUGAUCAAGACGGCGACGGUGGAGAGCGUGCUGCUGUCCUGCACGGGGCUGCCGGCGGUGAAGGGCACCCUGUGCAUCACCAGCCACCACCUGCUCCUCUCCUCCUGCCCCGGGGGGGACGCCCAGCCCGGCACCGUGGAGCUCUGGCUGCUCAUCCGCAACGUGGACGCCGUGGAGAAGAGAGUGCAGAAUUUAGGCUGGUACCAGCCCCCCCGGACUAGUGACUGCCCACGGGACACCAGGCUCGCCGGCUCCUCCGGCACCAUCACGCUCCGGUGCAAAGACCUGAAGGUGCUGCAGCUGGAGAUCCCGGGCAUGGAGGAGUGUCUCAACAUCGCCAGCUCCAUCGAGGCCCUCUCCUCGGUGGACUCCGUGAUGAUGAUGUACCCGUUCUUCUACAGACCCCAGAACCUGAGGCUCGAGGAAGGAUGGCGCCUUUUCCCCCUCGAGCAGUACUUCCAGCAGAUCGCCUCGCAGACGAGCCAGUGGCGGCUGAGCGACGUGAACCGGGAUUUCACCACCUGCCCCACGUACCCCCCCGCCGUCAUCGUGCCGGCAGCGGUGGGUGAUGAUGCCUUGCGGAAGGCUGCCCGAUUCCGGCAGGGCGGGCGGUUCCCCGUCCUCAGCUAUUACCACCCCAAGAACGGCACUGCGAUGCUCCGCAGCAGCCAGCCGCUGACGGGCCCCAACCGAAAGCGCUGCCGCGAGGAUGAGAUGCUGCUGGGGGCGGUCCUGGAUGAGGGGGAACGGGGGUUUAUCAUCGACACGCGGUCAGCCCAGGUGGCGAAACAGGCUCGGAUGUCGGGGGGGGGCACGGAGCCCAAGUCGUCCUACCCGCAGUGGAAGAGGCUGCACCGGCCCUUGGAACGAGGCCGCCCGCUGCAGGAGAGCUUCAUUAAGCUGGUGGAAGCCUGUAACGACGCCUCGAUCAACAUGGACCGGUGGCUGAGCCGGCUGGAGAGCAGCCGCUGGCUGAGCCACGUCAAGGCGGCGCUGAGCACGGCCUGCCUGGCCGCACAGUGCAUGGACAGGGAGGAGGCCAGCGUGCUGGUGCACGGGGCGGAGGGGACAGACACCACGCUGCUGGUGACGGCGCUGGCCCAGGUGAUCCUGGACCCGUCCUGCCGCACACUGGGGGGCUUCCAGGGGCUGCUGGAGCGGGAGUGGAUCGAGGCCGGCCAUCCCUUCCACCUCCGCUGCGCCCGCUCUGCCUACUCCCACGCGCGGCUGAAGCAGGAGGCACCGCUUUUCCUCCUCUUCCUCGACUGCGUAUGGCAGCUGAGCCGCCAGUUCCCCUUCUCCCUGGAGUUCAGCGAGCGCCUCCUCCUCACCCUCUUCGACAACGCCUACGCCUCCGCCUACGGCACCUUCCUCUGCAACAACGAGAAAGAGAGGUGCCUGUGUAAAGUGAAGGAGAGCACGCACUCCCUCUGGGCCUGGCUGAACCAGCCUGGGGAGAAGAAGAAGUACCUGAACCCUCUCUACUCGCACAACGCCCUGGUCAUCUGGCCCUCCGUCGAGCCCCAGAGCAUCCAGCUCUGGCAGGGUUUAUUCUUCCGAUGGAUCCGUUCAUCCCAGCACCUGGAUGAGGCCUGGGCAGAGAUCCAGCGCUUACUAGAGGGCAACAAUCCUCCCGUCAAGGAGAACGCGGGGAACAGGCUGAGCCGGUCCCUCUCCGACCCCGCUGCCCGGACGGAGAACAAAAGAUGAACGGCAGAGCGGACAAUUCGGUCCCCGUGGGCUGCCGGGCCCGAGGUGACACCGCAGCUUUCAGCGGGAAGCACUGUGCAGGACACAGCCCUGCGGAGGCCCGAGGCCAGCUCUGGGAGGGGGGGGACAGACUCUGGGCCGCGCAGACUGAGUUGUUUCAGUAAAGUGGUCUCGCAGCCCACGCCUGCUUUUCUGCUCUUACAUAGGGGCAGGAGCAGCCCCGCUCCCUCGCAAGCAGGGCUCCUGCCCGCUCUCCUGCCCAGCAGGAUUUCAGCAGCACUCGGACCAGGGCUGACGGCGGAGCAGAAGGGCAGGAGGCAGCGGGAGGUCGAUGUGCCCAGCAGCAUCAGCCUCCGGCAGCUUCCGUCGCGACCUGCCUGGCUCACAGCCCCUGCCAGGCGCAGUCCACACAGCAAAAACUAAGGAGAACACGCUGAACCAGCAACACCCUCUCCACAAAGGGCGCGCUGGCUGCAGCUUAAGUGCUGCAUCAGUCGCUCCGAGCUGGGAGCCAGCUUGGGAAAUCUACCCUUGAACCCAGUUUCGAGGAAGGAAAGAGAUAGAAACCACCCCUCCAGACAGACAGGCACAGGGCGAGAGGGCUGGAAGGACGAGGAUUUGCAACACAAGCAUCCUAGCGCAGGAAAUAACUGUUCCAUGAGGAAAGUUGGCUCAGGGUCAGUCCAGCAAAUAAACAAAGCAGCAGAACUGGGCGCGUGUGUGUCAUCUGGAAAACAAUGACUGGCUGCUGUGCUUCCAGCCUGUUCACACUUCAGGGCCAGACCCGCAGCAAGGCGGCAGAUCCUCCCCAGGACAGAGUUGACCUGG